ACGCGGCACCAACCGUCGGUAUUUGAAUUCUCCGGCGCGGCGGGUACCGUAGGGAACUGAAAAGGCGGAUCUCCUUUCUUCGACUCGCUUUGCUUGCACGGCGCACUUCUUUCCCCGUGGCGGGCGGCAGCGCGGGCCCACCACCCAGCAGCGGCGGGCAGAAUGAGUCUGCAAGUUGUAAACGACGAAAACGUCACCCGUGAAAAAAAUGCAGAACACUGCAACUUCCUGUUUUCGCCAACAGCCCUUACCGGAAGAACAUCUGUUCUUGGUCUGUCACAAAAGGAUAAUGUACCACCCAAGAACCCAGCUAAAGCCACCAAGGUGACUUUUCAGACACCUCUGCGGGAUCCACAGACACACAGGAUCCUAAGUCCCAACAUGACCAGCAAACUUGAGACUCUCUUUGCUCUGGAUGACCGCAUCGGGUUAGAAAACUCUCACUAUUCUUGGAUACAGAAAGAAACCCAACAGCUCAGCAAGGAUGUGAAUACCAAGUUGCCCAGUGGAAUUCUCCACAAGCCAGCUAUGGCUAGUUCUGGCCUUUGUCCAGGAGACAGUACCUCGGCCUCUGAAGAUGACAGCUGCAGCGAGCCUGGCCUGGUACACCCGGCUGACUCCAGUGUCCCAAGCUCUCCCCAGAGCCCACAGAGUCCUGAAAACCGGAUAUCAUCUCCAGAACGAAAGUCUAGCAGUGCUGGCCAGACCUUGCAGCACAGUGCUCGUUCUCACCCCUCACCCAAAGCCACACCCCCUACUGUUGAAGUCCUCAAGGACCCUCUUGGGACAGCACUCCAACACCAAGUUUGUGCUGCUCCUAGAGCCCCAGGAGGGAGCCCCUCCAGCUCUGCCCCAUCCCAGGCUGCUACUCUUGAAAGUGCAGACACAGGCACAACCCCUGCAGGGCUGACUGUCCCUCAGAACCUAGCUUUGGCCAGCCCAGGCUCCCAGACAGAGGACACUGCCAGCCAAAUAGCUGUUAAUCCAAGAUGUGAGCCCAUAAGGCUAGAGUUUGACUUCUCUGAUGGGGCAACCAGCAAAAGGGCAGCUGCACCACGGAGACAAGGAAGGAGGCCCAAGGAGAGGCAGCCACAGGCCCCCGAGAAAGCAAAAGAGGAAGAUGGGGCCAGAGGGACCAACCAGGCCCAUGCACCAGCUUCCCAGAGCUCCUACCACCUUGACUGGAACAAAGCAGAUGACCCAAACUUCAGCUCCUUUGGCGAUAGCUCCUCAUUGGCCCACAGAGAAGCCCAGCCCCCUGAAAGUCCUGGGGCCAAGUUGGUGCCACCUACAGAGGACUCGAGUCCAAGCCAGCAGCUGUGGGCAGGCCCCAAGAGUGGCAGGCCUGAGGUACAGACAGUGGCCGAAACACUGAACGCAGAGGGCCAGGUGCAGGAGGGAACCGCGAGCUGCUCCAAUGCCUCAGUCCCCAUGUGUGGCCUGGAUCGUCCAUUGCCAACCCCCUCCCAGCCCAGCCUGCAGCCCAUAGUGAACCUGGAGGAGGAGAGCUUCAGAGACCCUGCUGAGGUUCUAGGUACUGGAGUGGAGGUGGAUUAUCUAGAGCAGUUCGGGACAUCCUCGUUUAAGGAAUCGGCCUGGAGGAAGCAGUCCUUGUACCUGAAAUUCGACCCUCUCUUGAAGGACAGCCCUGAACGGCCCGUGCGCCUGGUCCCAGUGACAGACAGUGUGCAGGAUGCAGGCGACCCUUCCCCAGGGCACCCACUGGAAGCCAAGCUUGUGGAACUGGACUUCUUGGGUGCACUGGAUGUCCCUGUGUCGGACCCGCCCUCAAGUGUCCUGGAGCUUGGUGUCCUGCCCCCACCCCCUGAGCCUGCCCCCAUCGUGGACAUGCUACAGUACAGUCAGAGCGACCUAGACAAGGCGGUGAACGCAGCCCGGGAGGAAAAUGAGGAGCUGAGGCGCCAGUGUGAGGAGCUGCGAGGAAAGAACCUGGAGAUGGGGAAGAUCAUGGACGGCUUUGAAGGUGUUGUGUACCGGGCAAUGGAGGAUGCCCAGAAACAAAAGGAGCUCGCCAGUACUGAGAUCCAGAAGGUUCUGAGGGAGCGAGACCAGCUCACAGCAGACCUGCGCUCCAUGGAGAAGUCCUUCUCCGACCUCUUCAAGCGCUUUGAGAAGCAGAAGGAAGUGAUUGAAGGCUACCAGAAGAACGAGGAGUCACUGAAGAAGUGCGUGGAGGACUAUAUCACCAGGGUAGAGAAGGAGGCCCAGCGGUACCAGGCGCUAAAGGCCCACGCAGAAGAGAAGCUUAGGCUGGCAAACGAGGAGAUUACCCAGGUCCGCAACAAGGCCCAGGCAGAGGCACUGGCCUUCCAGGCCACCCUAAGGAAGGCACAGAUGCAGAUCCACUCUCUGGAGAAGGCAGUGGAGCAGAAGAGCAAGGAGAACGAUGAGUUGACGCGGAUCUGUGAUGACCUUAUCUCCAAGAUGGAAAAGAUCUAACUGGCACCAUGUUCACAGUGGUCCCUGCUGUCUGUCUGUCUGUC